AUGGCCCUGGAGGAGCGUGUCACCGAGUUGGAGGCAGACGGUCUACAGGCCUCGCAACACGCCAGAGCCGCAGACAACGCCACAUCCCGGCAAGGCUCAGUCCUCCUGGACCUGCGACGACAGGUGGAGGACUUAGACAAUUGCGGCAGAUGGAAUAAUAUCCAUGUAAGGGGCUUGCCUGAGGAAGCGGGUGAAGAACUUACCACCAUCCUUACGCGCCUUUUCACGCAGAUUCUGGGAGAUGGUGUCCCUACCAACUACAACAUCGAAAUGGCAUAUAGAGCACUCCGGACCCCCAGAAAUGACGGAAUCACUAGGGACAUCGUCUGCUGCCUGUCCUCCUUCCGCCUGAAAGAAGCGAUCAUGCGGGCAGCGCAACCUCAAAAUGUCACAUUCCUGGAGGCGCAGGUCGCCCUGUUCCAGAACUUCUACCUGCUGACGCUUGAAGCCCGCCGAGCACUGAGGCCGCUCACCCGGCUGCUCCAGGACAAGGGGUUCCAAUAUAAAUGGGGAUACCCUUUCAGCCUCCAAGCACGGAAAGCCAACAUAUGGCAUAUCCUGAGAUGGACGAACGACACACCCGGAUUCCUGCGGGGCCCUUGGCCUACCAGCAGUUGCAGUACACAACUGGAUCCUGCAGGACCUGCCGCAACACCCCGCAGAGGAUACCGGACCACACUCCAACGAACGACAGGGGGGAUCGUCCCCAGAGGAGAGGAGGACCUGACGGCCCUGAAGAAUAAAGACUUUACAGCGCCCUGGGAGCCGAAGGAACCCGACCCACGAGGUGCUUCCCACUGGGCCCAGUUCCCCACCCGGCACAGCUCUGGACUCUGA